CGCUGGGAGUCUGCUUUUCGCCAGGCUCUGCACAGCGGGCGGACUUUGGAAAGAUGCUUGCGUCUGGACUAGCCUCAACCACAGUGACCGCUCCCGACUUCUGGCCCCUCGAAGAGGAGCUAGGGAGUCAGGGUCUCGGCUCUGGGUCAUUGGGGUUCGAACCUGGUUCUAUCACUCCUCCGGAUCCCGUGGCCUGCUAGUAGCUAUUAGUCGCAAAGCUUGCAGGAGAGAAGCAAGAACCCGAUCGCGAGCCACCAAGAACAGGUGCCCGAGCACAAGAGGAAGCCUUCGCUCUCCCUCGGGUCUCCAUCGUCCAGUUUUGUUCAUCUUGCAGAUUUGUGGGAAGGGGGGCACGAGUUGGAAUAAGAGACAUUACAGAGCCGGUGACACGAGCCUCCUCUAAAUGAUUCGCGUUGAAAUUUAGAGUAAUAGAGGAAAGAAAAGGACACUCAGUUACAAAUUCUAUCCCUUUAAACAAUUCAUUGGGACCAGAGAGAGCGGCGUGCAAUAUCUACGGGAUAGAACUUUUAUUUCUUCCCACUUGAUGCAACUUGAGCGUGCAAAAAUGGUAAGAUGGGCGCAAAAUAGACCUCCUAGUCCAGAGGCGAAGCCGGGAGACUUCUGCCGGCAUCGUUCAGCCCUCAACAGACAACUACAGCGUGGGAAAAGUUAGCACGACGUCUCUACCGAGACUCGGCAACCUGCGCUCGCAGGCUGGCAGAAAAAAAACCUCGCGAGAGGUCACGGGAGCGCCAAGACUGAAGUUCGUACCCCGGGCCGGAAACGCUCGCGUCCGCCCGGAAGUAGUAUUUGCUGGCUGCACGUGGGCUGCAGAAUGGCGGCUCACCGCUCCGGGCCGCUGAAGCAACAAAAUAAAGCUCAUAAAGGCGGGCGGCACCACGGCGGCGGGUCCGCACAACGGGACAGCAAAGGCCGUGUAGGACCGAAGAUUCUCUGCAAGAAGCUGAAGAAGCAGCUCAGCCGAGUAGACCAGAGGCAUCGCGCCAACCAGCUCCGAAAGCAGAAGAGGGAGGCGGUUCUGGCAGAGAAGAGACAGCUGGGCAGCAAGGAUGGGCCUCCACAUCAGGUGCUGGUGGUGCCUCUGCACAACAGGAUUUCCCUUCCAGAGGCAUUUAAACUGCUUCAGAAUGAAGACUUGGGAACAGUGUAUUUGAAUGAACGGGGAAGCGCCCAUAGUUUUAUGCUUCUAUGUUCUAGCCUGAAACAUCGAUUGUUUUUCACAUAUGCAAGACCAGGGGAUCUGCAUACACUAUUGGACAUGGCUAAAGUUGCUGAUACCAUCCUGUUCCUCCUGGACCCACUAGAAGGCUGGGACAGUACUGGGGAUUAUUGUCUAUCUUGCCUCUUUGCUCAGGGCCUUCCCACCUAUACACUAGCUGUCCAGGGCCUUUCUGGCCUCCCACCAAAGAAACAAAUAGAAGCCAGGAAGAAGCUAAAUAAAACAGUGGAGAAACGCUUUCCUGAAGACAAACUCCUGCUCCUAGACACCCAGCAGGAAUCAGGCAUGUUACUUAGACAGUUGGCUAACCAGAAGCAACGGCAUCUUGCUUUUCGGGAUCGGCGAGCUUACUUGUUCGCUCAUGUUGCCGACUUCGUGCCUAGUGAGGAGAGUGACUUAGUGGGCACCUUGAGACUCUCAGGCUAUGUUCGUGGGAGGACUCUGAAUGUAAAUAGCUUGCUGCAUAUUGUUGGACAUGGGGAUUUCCAAAUGAGUCAAAUAGAUGCGCCUGUGGAUCCUUUCCCUUUAAAUCCCAGAGUGAUUAAAUCCCAAAAGAAACCAAGCAUGGCAAUGGAGGUUUGUGUUACAGAUGCUGCUGCCGACAUGGAAGAAGACCUUAAGGUUCUGAUGAAGGCAGACCCUGAUCAACAGGAGACCUUACAAACAGAGGUUAUUCCAGAUCCAAUGGAAGGAGAGCAGACCUGGCCCACUGAGGAGGAGCUGGAAGAGGCAAACGACUUACUGAAACAACGUUCCAGGGUGGUAAAGAAGGUCCCUAAAGGAACAUCCAAUUACCAGGCUGAGUGGAUUCUGGAUGAAGGCGAUGAAAGUGAUGGGGAUGUCGAUGACUAUGACGAUAUACAGCAUGAAGGUUUCAUGGAAGAGGAGUCUCAGGAUGGGAGUGGAGAGGAGGAAGAGGAGGAAUGUGAAACUAUGACUCUAGGGGAGUCUGUGCGUGAUGAUCUAUACGAUGAGAAAGUGGAUGAAGAGGACGAGGAGAGAAUGUUGGAGAAAUAUAAGCAAGAAAGAUUGGAAGAGAUGUUUCCAGAUGAAAUGGAUACCCCCCGUGAUGUGGCUGCCAGAAUUCGAUUUCAGAAAUACAGAGGCCUCAAGAGCUUCCGGACAUCUCCUUGGGACCCUAAAGAAAACCUUCCUAGAGAUUAUGCCCGGAUAUUUCAGUUUCAGAAUUUUGUUAAUACUAGAAAAAGAAUCUUUAAAGAGAUUGAGGAAAAAGAAGCUGAAGGAGCUGAGGUUGGUUGGUAUGUCACAAUUCAUGUUUCUGAUGUCCCUGUCUCAGUGGUGGAGUGUUUCAGGCAAGGAGCGCCCUUGAUCGCAUUUUCUUUGCUACCUUAUGAACAGAAGAUGUCAGUAUUGAACAUGGUAGUGAGUCGGAACCUUGGCAACACGGAACCUGUGAAAGCGAAAGAAGAAUUGAUCUUUCACUGUGGAUUCAGGCGCUUCCGAGCCUCGCCUUUAUUCUCUCAGCACACAGCAGCUGAUAAACAUAAAUUUCAAAGAUUCCUGACUGCUGAUGCGGCCUUAGUGGUGACAGUGUUUGCACCAAUCACCUUCCCUCCUGCAUCUGUGCUGCUUUUCAAGCAGAGAAGAAAUGGAAUGCACAGCCUCAUUGCUACAGGUCAUCUGUUUUCAGUGGAUCCUGACAGGAUGGUCAUAAAGAGAGUGGUUCUAAGUGGUCAUCCUUUCAAGAUUUUUACUAAGAUGGCAGUAGUGCGUUACAUGUUCUUCAACAGAGAGGAUGUGAUGUGGUUUAAGCCUGUGGAACUGAGAACCAAGUGGGGCCGCCGGGGACACAUCAAAGAGCCUCUAGGUACCCAUGGCCAUAUGAAGUGCAGUUUUGAUGGGAAGCUAAAAUCUCAGGAUACUGUAUUAAUGAAUCUCUAUAAGCGAGUAUUUCCCAAAUGGACUUAUGACCCAUAUGUACCAGAACCAGUACCUUGGGUUAAAAGUGACAUCUCUUCAACAGUGUCUGAAGUAGACAUGGAGUAAUGGAGAUUCAGUUGGGUUCUGUCUCUACUGCAGCUCAGAUUCUUCAGUGUUGGAGUCUGUGGGUUGUGACUAGGCAGUUUGUGCUUUGUUGUCCCUGUCUCUCUGCUGAGUACAGAAUUCACGCUAUUACUUCUACUUUCAUGAUUAGGACUUUGAAAAGGAAGAUGGAAAACAGAAUUUUCAUCUAGAGACAAUCUUAUUUUUUUCCCUGAAUUUAAACAGAAACAGUCUGGUGAGGAACUGACCGUUCAGCCUGCUUCACCCAAUUGAGGGAGGUUAAGUCUACAUUCCCACCACUGAGUACAAUACAGAUGUUCUUCACUUCCGGAGAGACUGUUUGGAAGUGCUGAGACAGCACGGCAGCCACUCCAACACCAGCAGUAGGCUCAAUGAGCAGUUUCAUUCUUUCCCACACUAGCUGGGUUGCAUGCUGUUGGCACAGAGAUGAGCAAGGGUUAAUCAAACAAGAAAUGCAGCCAGAGUCUAGCAGGUUACAUUGUAAAAAUGAAGUAGAUGUUUGGGUUUUGCUACUGUCAGGGUUCCCACGGGCUAAGUGAAUGGUCUCUUAAUAAUGCCUGGGAAAUUAGACUGGCUGUUUUCUCAUCUGAGUCUUACCUUGAUUUCAUCUUCUGUGACAGUGAAGACCUCAUCCACAAGGUCCCUUAUAAUAGGCCAAGUAUUUAAGCCAAUGCUGGAUUUGACACCAUCUGCUAUGGUUUCUGGAGGAUGAAGAUUGGGGGUCAGUUCUCCUUUCAGCUUAGACUGGUAGCAGUCAUCUGCAUUCGCGGGUUCAGCAGCAUAUACCUUCACACUAGGUUUCAGGGCCUGGGAAGGAAGAGAUACAUCACAAUACAGCCUUUGUCUGCAUACCUAAAGGGGGAGAGAGUGUUAAAGACGUGUUACCUUUGAAAAUGGAAACAUGACCUUGAAGCACUUUAAUAAAAGUUGUAUCUGAUAAA